CCCCACUAUUCUGGCGCUGCGCUGCGCCGACUGCAGAUUCGGUAUUCGUCGUUAUCUAUCUCUGCAAAUUCAACAAUGGAGAUGGAGCAGUGUCGUCGAGUGUGCUUUUCGUCCAUGGACGCAGGUGUUUCCAAUCCUGGGUAUAGUCUGUUCCCUCGUGUCCUUUGAAGGUUUUGUGGUGGUUUGAAGUGGCGAUUCGGGCGCUGAGGGAUUAGGUAUUGGUCUUGGAGCUGGGUUGAUUGUUUGUUGGGGUAGGGUUCUCGUAGGAGCCAUUCUAGUGUUGUGGGAUUACAUUUUUUUAGUUGAGUGUUCUGUAGGGUUUUGGGAGACGAGGCGUAAGAUUCCUUUUGAUCGGAAACGAUUUUCUCCUUUUUCCAAAUCCAAUUCUUCUACGACUAUUUGCUUUGAAGCCUCGGCAUAUAUUCAACUUUAAGUUCGUGAUGCUUCCCGCAAUGUUUAAACCCCGAGCUUUUGCGGCUUCGUUCUCGUUAGUGCCUACUGAAGGCUUCUUCCCGAGAUCAGGAAAGGGGAGGCUGGCAGUCAUGAAUUCGACUUCAGGAGCUAGCACUCUUGUUGAGCCAGGCACUGGUCAAACUAACGGGAUUCAGCGGCUCACAAUUAUCCAGCCAGAUGACUGGCAUCUUCAUCUUCGGGAUGGCGAUGGUCUGAAUGCAGUUGCUCCUUUAAGUGCAGGUAUUUUCAGGAGAGCUAUCAUUAUGCCCAACUUGAAGCCGCCAGUUACAGAUCUUGCUGCAGCUUUGGCGUAUAGGGAUCGCAUCAUGAAGGCUCUACCCUCAAAUGCAGAAUUCGAGCCAUUGAUGACUCUGUAUUUGACAGAUGUAACGACCAGGAAAGAUGUCAAGGAUGCAAGUGAAAGUGGGCUGGUGAAAGCUGUCAAAUUGUACCCAGCAGGAGCAACUACAAAUUCACAAGCAGGCGUCACUGACUUGUUUGGAAAGUGCCUGCCUGUACUUGAGGAAAUGGUCGAACAGGGGUUGCCUCUUCUGGUUCACGGAGAAGUAGCGGAUCAAAUGGUGGACAUUUUUGACCGGGAGAAAGUUUUCAUCGAGACAGUACUUACUCCCCUUAGACAGAAACUCCCGGAUCUUAAGAUUGUAUUGGAACACAUUACUACUGAAGACGCGGUUAAGUAUGUUGAGUCGAAUAGUGAUGGCAAGGUCGCAGCAACAGUAACACCACAACAUCUCUUAAUGAAUAGGAAUGCGCUGUUUCAGGGAGGACUUCAACCCCAUAAUUACUGCCUUCCAGUACUUAAGCGAGAGACUCACAGAAGAGCCUUGGUUGCGGCAGUUACAAGUGGCAGCUCACGUUUCUUUUUGGGAACAGAUAGUGCACCCCACGAGAGGCACACCAAAGAAGCACCUUGUGGGUGUGCAGGCAUAUUUAGUGCUCCUAUUGCCCUUCCCUUAUACGCGGAAGUAUUUGAUCAGGCAGAUGCCCUUGACAAAUUGGAGGGAUUUACAAGCUUGAAUGGGCCAGAUUUUUAUGGACUGCCAAGAAAUUCUAACACGACCACCUUGGUUAAGAAGAGAUGGAAUGUGCCUACAGAAUAUGGGUUUGGACCAGGUACUGUGGUGCCAAUGUGGGCAGGGCAUGCUUUGAACUGGAACAUUGAGUAGCUUUGAGGUAGUUAUGAUUAUGAUUUAGAACUGCAAUGGUGUGUUCGAGUUGCCAGAUGUCCAAGAGAUUUACCGCUGGAUGAUGAAACGAACAUUCAGAAUUUUAUUUAGACUAGAUUCUUGUGUGUAACUGCAUCAAGUGUCGCGAAAAAAUAAUUUAAGUUUGAGGCAUCCAAAUUUUCCAGUCAUCGAA